CUGCUGACCACACCCCUGGUCCAGUGUGACUUAACUUGCACCAGCAGCCAGACCCCCUCAGACUCCGCCUGGAAGCCAACCGGCAAAGUCCACUGCGCCCUUUGCUUUCCACUGCAGCCUGGUGGAGAGCACACCUCGGCCAGAGCUAGAAAGGAGCUCCCGCCCGUCCCGUCCGCUCCUCGCGCUUGGCAGGGUCCCCUCGGGGCUCACCAUGUCCCCCACCCUGGGCCCCGCCCUCAUCCUGGCCACCUGUGCCUUCUGGGCCGCCGCAGGGCAGGGCGCGAACGGGGAGGACCCGGAAAACCAGGUGAACGCCAUCUACCAGAAGGUGACGGACCUGUGGAACAAGCUGUACAUGGUGAAGCCGGUGACGGCCAACGGCAGCGACGAGGAUCCGGUGUACGCGGCUUGCGAGGUCAAACCGUCCUCCAUUCUGGAGGCCGACCAGCCGCGGGUCACCGGCCGGGUGCUCUUCAGGCAACAGUACCCGGACGGAAGGCUGGAGGCCAUCUUCGACCUGAACGGCUUCCCCACCGUGGGCAACGGGACCGGCCGGGCCAUCCACGUCCACAAGUUUGGGGAUAUGAGCAACGGUUGUGAUGGGGCUUCUAGUCACUACAACCCCUUCUCCAAACCACACCCUCAGCACCCGGGGGACUUCGGGAACUUCCUGCCUAGGGAAGGCAAGAUCAAGCGUUACCGGACCAACCUGCUGGCCUCGCUCUUCGGCCCAUACUCCAUCCUGGGCCGCUCCAUCGUGGUGCACGAGCGGGAUGAUGACCUCGGCAAGGGUGGGAACAAGGGCAGCCAGGAGCACGGGAACGCCGGGAAGCGGCUGGCCUGUUGCGUCAUCGGGAUCUGCGGCCGGGAGUCGUGGGAUAAAAAGGCCCUCGAGAUCAACGAGCGGAGGAAGAAGAGGCGGGAGAGCGAGUGCAAGACGGCCUGAGCCCACCCGCGGCACUUCUCAUAGUUGCUCAACUCAACUCAAUAGUUGCUUUCACCUCUGCACUGGGAGCUGCUUUGCUUCUUAGGAAACUCCGUAUGCCCUAUAUUGCACGAUAAAAGGCAUCGAAUGGAAAUGGCAACUUGCUCCUCUGUUCCCUCCUCCUCACCCACAAUUAAAGAGAGUUUCUAUCUAUCGAUU